AAACAGAGACAGAGAGAGAGAGACGAUAGAGAGACAGACGAUAGAGAGAGAAGGAAAGAGAGAGGGAGAGAGAGAGACAGAGAGACGAUAGAGGGAGACGGGAGAGAGAGAGAGAUUGAGCUUUGGUCGAGAUAAUAGUCGUGUCGUUUGUCUCCAUGGAAACGUACAAUAGAGGAAGUUAACAAAGAAAGGACCCGCCCACUUUCACCUGCCACUCUGCCAGCAAACCAACCCCCGCGGGUCCAGUUCCACAGGAAGUGAACAGCCUGGACUCGCCGCCACGGAGGUGAAUCGAGUUCCUGUUGAUACGAACAAAACAAGGUGCUAGGUUUCCACUGAGGGGAAUAAACGUUUAACGGAGUGUUCCAGGUUUUUUUUUUUACCCAGCGUUUUGUUUCCCAGGCCAGAACUCAGCCGCCAUGGAGACCUUCUUCGCCGCACUGGCUUGUUGCCUUCUGCUCGUUCCUUUGGCCGUGGCACAAACACGGGAGGCGGGAUCGCCCGUCGCGCCAACAGAACCGAGCCCCGAUCCAAACACGCCAGUAUCGGCGCUCCCUUCCGCCAACUCUACCGGACACGUUGACGUCAUCUCAGACUCCACGGAGAGCACGACUUCAUUUCCCGCCACGACCCCGGACGGUGAAACCUCCGCCCGGGCGACGGCGGCUACGCCCGAGAGCGCCACUCAUCUCCAGACUUCUCAGUCGACGGCCGACGGGACGAACGGCACGUCGCCGACGACCACGACACGCGGCGCUCCGACAUCUGCGGCUCUGACGACGAAGCAGACCACAGGAGGUUACGUAGGCACCACGCACGCCGCAACGGAAAGUUCGUCCCACGCCGCCGACGCGACCUCAGAGUCGACGGGCGGAACCACGCGAGGUUUGGGACUCAACAUCGCGGAGAAGAACAUGACGAUUGUCUUCAGCGCGGUGCUGGGCGCGUUCGCCCUGGCUCUGGUUGUGCUCAUGUUUCACAAAUGCAAACAUAAAAUCCAAUACUUGCAUCAACCGCUCAACAACGCGGGAGACGAGUUCGUGGCAGAAGACGACACGCUCGUAAUUUCUGGAGGACUUUAUGACGGCCAUCCGAUAUACGACAACGUGCCAACAGCCCCAGAUGACCAAUCUCAAUUUCGGCUCCAGUUAUUUCAUUAAAGAGAACGGAGUUCCCAAAG